UAUUCCAGAAGACUUGAUUUGCACAACAGCAGCUGGGAAGCUUGGGUGCAAAGAAAUAAUUCAUGCCAGGUUCAAGCGUCAAACUCGGAGGAUCCGCAACACUUGCCAAAAGAUCCUUAAGCUCUGUGAAGGCAAAGGAUUCAGCUCAGUGGCUUUCCCAGCUAUCAAUACAGGACAGGCUGGUAUGGACUUUGUGGAAUCUUGUAAAGCAAUGCUGGAUGGUAUGGCUUCAGCUAUUAAGGACAUAAAUCCUAAUUCUCUCUCACUGAUCCGCAUUGUCAUCCUGCAACAACCCGUCUAUCAGGCUUUCAGAUCAGAGCUGGAGAGUCGCUGUCUACAGGAUGUUCAAAGCUGCUUCAAUCUAAAAGGGGACAGAAAAGGACCAAUGAAGAAAAUACUGGAAAUGUAUUUGGGAAUCUCAAUGACUCAAUCAACAGAACACCAAACAGGAAUAUUGCCCUAUUCUGAGCCAGGUUGUGUGGCUUCAACUUUGGCAUUGGAAUUACCGGCACACUGGGAACCAAUGAAGGGAGAAGACUUUAAGAAAGUUGAGUUACAGCCUGAUUCUCCUGAGUAUCAGGAAGUGGCCGUGGGUUUCUGUAAAGCUAACAACUACAACAUCCACAAAAUUGAGCGAAUACAGAAUCUCUACCUGUGGCAUGCCUUUACCAUCUGUCGGUACCGUAUACUCUCUAAGAAUGGAGAAGAAGAACUGGGUGAAAAGUUCCUCUACCAUGGCACAUCUGUGGCAUCAUGCAACUCCAUUGAACGAGAUCGAUUUGACAGAAGCUAUGCAGGAAAACAUGCUACUCUCUAUGGAAAGGGGGUAUACUUUGCUGUCGACGCAAAUUACUCAGCCAACACUUACUCCCUCCCAGACACAUCAGGCCUAAAACGUCUGUAUGUUGCUCGUGUUCUUACUGGCCGCUACACAGUUGGUAAUCCCUCAAUGAAAACCCUCCCUCGUCGAGGAACAGAAGCUACUGACUGCUUUGACAGCUUGGUAAAUAACCUGGAGAACCCCUCCAUUUUUGUUAUCUUCCAUGAUGACCAGGCCUACCCGGAGUACCUCAUUACCUUCAGCUGAGUAAAAAUGAAAUAACUCUGGUUAUGAUAGUUAUGAUAGUUUCUUAAUAAUGUCAUGUCAAAAAUGAAAACCUUGAUUUUUGACUAACUUGUUUAAAUGAGGCCCUUUAAAAUGUCCCAAUUUAACUCAAUGCUGUAUACUUCCAACAUUCCAACAACUGGCUGCUGUAGCAGCUUAUUAGUGUUUUUUUUUUCUUAAAGAUGUUUUAUUAUCAUAUCUGUAGUUAUCUGAUUGGUUCUCACCUGUUUCUUCCAGCCCUGUUAGUACCAUUCCGGUCCCUGACUGGAAAUUGGGCUCUGUACAGUCCUUUCCAGACUAAUAUGUUGAGUAAGCAAUAAUUAAUCCUUUCUGUGCUGGGUGUAUAUAAGUUGUAUUCUGAAUAUAUUUUACGGUUACUGUUCUGGAGAUUUUAUUUUUAUGAAUAUUUAAGCCACUAGUGUUUUAUUUAUGGCUGGUUGUUUCGUAGAGAGCUUUCAAGAAGCUUUUCCCUUUGUUGAUAUUCUAUUUUUGUUUUGACCCGACACCUUUCUAAAUAAAAACUUUUAACCAGAAGUUACCUUCUUGAUAUUAAUUUUGUUGUCCCUCCCUCAUAAUAAGCGUUUAUAUGUAAGGGGUGAAUGGAGCAUUUACGGAUUUGCCUAAAUA